AUGCUGCGCACCCGAGCCGAACUCCACAUUAAUGGCUUUCAAGAUGCGAAGAAGGAGUUGGUAGAUGAGGGCUCCGACAAGCAGAAAGGCGAUGGCAACUCGGAUUUGGCACCCUACUUCGCGGUCUAUUUGGAGAAUCCAGAUGGCACAUUGAGUUUGGGGCUUCCGCCCAACAUGAGACUGCCUAGCCCUCCGAGUUCUCCUCGGGCCGGCCCACGUCCUGACGUCUUCGGUGACCUGAUGGACCCUAUUGGAGGACUGGGCGCGCGCAGCGCCCGCACCGUGUCUCCGGCGGUCUUCCAGCACCACGAGCGGCUCUUCACAGGGCUGCUAGUAGUGGAGCUUGUCCUUGAGGCGGCGUACCUAGGCCUUAUGCUACAUUGCUCGAGGCACUCUGUCCAGGAGGUGGCCUCAGCAUACCAGGCGCUGCCGUUGCAGACGCUGUGGACGUUGUUCUGGGCACAGCUUGGCUUCCAGCUGGCAUACUUGAAGCUCUACUUCUGUAUGGGCUUCUCUGCGGCGAACAAGCACAAGCCCCGCUUGUACGCAUGGUUCUCCAAUGUUGCCCUCACAGGCAUCAUUGUGCAGGUCCUGUUCGCAUACAUGAACAAGGCCAACAUUGUCGUGUUUGCCUUGCGGCUCUUCUGCUACGUCUAUGCAAGGUUCAUGAAGGGCAUGCUGCAUCAGCUGAUGUUGCAGCCUCCAGCA